AUGCCGACGUUUUCAUUUAUGAAGCAAACGCGGAUGGAGCUCAAGGAGCGCAAAGCGAUGCAAGCUGAGAAAGCGAAAGAGGAGCCCCCUAAGAAGCCAUACAAGCAUGUUCCCACACACGCUGCUGUGGACGCGAUAGCUACAGCUCCUGCUAGCUGGAAGCACGACGACAGACCCAGGAUCAUGGAGCAGAACAAGAGACGAAGCGCCAUGGCAGCCGGUGGAAUGAACCUCGGUGGCUUACCACGAGUCGGAAGUUCGCUGUCUUACGUCUCCUUCCCCUCGGCCUAUGCUACACCGGUCGUCUCACGUCCAAAGAAUUAUAGUUACAGCAGCAUACCCAGCUCAUUUCGUGAGAGUGUGGCCAACACCCAUGGCGACGGCGAUUAUUUAAGCCAACCAGUGAGUGUGAAGGGCAAGGAACGAGCAGUUGGGCCACGGUUCACAAUAGGCACUGAGACUCCAUUGAUGUCUUCGGGACGCGCUAGCCCAGUACUCAACAGAGGUAUUCAUGCAUCCGUAUCUGUUGCGGGAGGCUCGGGAGGCUCGGGUGGAACCGACGAUGAACAGGAGAUGAGGAGGAAGGCCCUCAAACGAGCUGCAUCUGCCGCUGACAAUCAGAUCCUACCUUUACCGAAGGUCUCCUCUUGCAAUGAGAGCUGCCAUCGCCUGCAUCCAUCUCGCUCACGAAGCAAUUCGGAGACUCCUACUGUGGAGGCUUCUGACCGGCACUAUCCUCCCCCAGCGAAAAGCACCUUUUACGCGACUCCCCGUCCCCUGAGUGGGCGGGCAUUGACUCUGGACAUGAUUGUCCCGCCUGUCCUAGCUUCACCCGACCAACCUGGCGUGUCUCCCUCCUCGUCAUCUGCCUCUGGUCGGGUUUCAACGGCUUCAUCAACGGCUUCCAUCGGUGUCGCAAAUUCCACGGCUCCGAGCUCUGCCUCAUCAUUGCGAGCGCCCUCUAUUACCGACGAGUAUCAGGCUCCGGCACAAAAUCAACAGCCUCGUGUCUACUCCAUUCAUCCCCCACAGCGGCAGACAGUGAGACGGGUAUCAAUGGAGAGGAAGAGGGCAUCAGCAGAUACUGUCGUGCUCAUAUCAGGCGGGACCGAUAUGCAGUCCCCUCAAGCCCAACAACCCCAGUUGCCUCAGUCGCCCCAAGUGCCGCAGAAAUCGAGAAGACGACUGUCCAAAUCCAGACCGCCAUCUUUCGUGGGAACAGAGCCACCGCCGAGCGCCGAUGAGUCUCCGGUGAGACCAUCGGCCGAAAUGGAGCGAGCCAAGGUACCCAGCGCCUCUGCUACCGAAGCAAUGAUCCGCGAACUCAACAAGAUGAAUGAAGCCACCGCACAUCCCGCCGUCGAAGCAGAAACUGCCCCAGCGCCUGAGGUGCAUCGGCGCAAAUUGAGCAAAAAGCCAAAGGUGGUGAACCUUGAUGAGAGUCGUCGUCGCUGGUCAUUUCGAACCAGCAAAAUCUUCUUCACAUCUUGA